GGGCCGUGGCUCGGCGGGGGCGGCCGGGAGCGGAGUGGGCCGGGGGGUCCUGUCCCGCUCCCCGACGGCCGCCCAGCCGUGGGCCCUCAGGGCUGUAACGUCUAUGUGCAGCAAAGCGGUUUUCCUCAAGGCAAGGCGCUGCACCCAAUAGUGGGGCAUAGCUCACCAAAAAUUUAAAAAAGGAAGAAAAAAACCCCAAAACGUGCAGGUGCUUAUCUCCUUUGGACAAGUCCUGUGCUGGUGUACCUGCAGGUCCUACUGGGCUGACUGAUCCCACCUGGGGGGGGUGUGCAUGUGUGGUGUGAGGCGCUGCCCAGGCGUCACCCAGCGGUGCCCAGCAGAGACAGGGAACAGCACUGUUCUUCUCUGGCUUUCCAAAGGGAUCCUCUCUGGGACACGCAGAAGUUAGAAGCCCUUUCCAGGGUAGACGUUGGACCAUGUUCCUUCAGGUGUUUCUCAAACACUGCAUGAGCACAGGCUGUCCUGGAGCCUGAAGAUGUCACCAGUGUGGUCCUUUAAGGGGUCCUGCAGCAUGGAGGGUGUUAGUCCAGCCUAGCAGGACACAGAUCACACAGCUCAGACUACGGAGAGAAUGUUCCACAUCCUCUAGGACAAGUUCUGGAUUUAUUUCUUUACUAGUUAUAAAAGACUGGACAUCCUGAAACAUUUCGGGAUCGUGUAUCAGUCGCCUUUGGAUGUUUCUGCCUGCUUAUAAAUGUAACUUGUACUUGUGGAAAAAUGUCCUGUCUUAUGCCCUCCCUCUGCGCAGGGUUGGAUGCUGCAGCAGGGCUGGUGCUAUCAGUAGGCAGUGGCUUAUGGCAGCAGAGUGGAAGGUGGGAUACGGGUGUCCCCUUUGUGCUUCUCUCAGCAGUGGCUGGGUGUCUGCGCCCAGCUGGAGCUGCCCAGGCUUCAGGCUGCCUUUUGGCCUCAGUGUUGAGCCUGGAUGGCGUCACCUUGAGCCCUUUGAGGUGGCACACGAGAUGGCUGGUAACUGCUCAUUCUCCCUGCCUGCGGGUCUGAGCAGAUCCACAGGCUCAAGAGCUAGUCCUGGUGGCAGUGACGCUCCUGGGGACAGCAGGUGACACCCACCUCAAGUGUCUCUGCUCUGUUAGCAGUGUCUGAACCUAAAGUGGAAGGCAGUUUACUGCUUUCUCACCCUUCUCCCCCUGAUCUCUAUCUUCACAGAAUCUAUUUGCUAUUUUGAAACGUGCAACACAAACAGCCUCUUACUGCAUGAAAGGACAUUUCAUCCUGUUUUGAGAUGUUGAUAAAUACCACGGUCCAUUCCAGACCUCACCCCGUGCUGCAGCAGCACCUAGGAGGACUUUGUGGCCCCUGGCUUAUUCCAGAAGAGGCAUUGCCUCCUGGGAUUAAAGCAACAGUCAGAUUUGGAAGGGAGGAGGCAUCUGUGUUUGCCAUUGGGCCACCCGCCUGUGCAAAGGGUGUUACUGAGCAUGCUCCUGCGUGUAUAUGGAGUAAAUACUUUUGCAGUGCCAUUAGUCUCUUAAAUGCCUGCCCUGGGCAGUGCAGAAGAUGGGAAGACCCAAGGGACCAGCUCCCAGCCCACCAUGUCUCUGCAGUGCUCUGGUGUACCACUUGCAGUUUUAGCAUGAUCCCAGCUGGUGCUUUCUCUAAGGGCUCAAUUUUGCCACGGGGAGUUAUUAGUAAUCCAUACUUCAGCUGUUGUUAAGGAUGGAGAAGUUCUCUGUUAUGGCCGAGGAAAUUCCUGAAAAAAAUAAUUCACAGAAUCACAGGAUGGUUGAGGUUGGAGGCACCGCAGGUGGUCACCUCGUCCAGCCCCCUGCUCCAUCAGGGCCACCCAGAGCCAGUUGCCCAGGACCGUGUCCAGGCAGCUUUUGAGUGUCUCCACAGAUGGAGACCCCAGCGCCUCCCUGGGCAACCCGUGCCAGUGCUGGGUCACCCUGACAGUGGAAAAGUGUUUCCUGAUGUUCGGAGGGACCCUCCUGUGUGUCAGUUUGUGCCCACGGCCUCUGGUCCUGUCCCUGGGCACCACCGAGAAGAGCCUGGCUCCGUCCCCUCUGCACCCUCCCUCCAGAAACUUUGUGAGCAGCAGAACCAGUGAAGCCUGGUUGCCUUAAAACGCAUGUUUUGUGGCCAGUUUCCUUUGCCUGUGUGAAUAUGUGUGCACAGAUCAGCCGUCCCCAGCUGCUUUCUGGUGCUCAGGAAGUUCAGCCUGUGCUGAGGCCCUCCGCUGUGAGAGUGGGAGCCUGAGGUCCUUGGCUGUCCCUCAGCAGAAGGCAGAAGAGAGGAGUGGAUGUGCGGAGUUUUAGGUUCCUGUGGAUCCAAAGAAAAGACUGAAUAGCAGGCUUCUUGGGGAGUGGGGCUGACCUACACCCUCUGAAGUAUGGUUUCCAUCCUGGGAGCUUUUCAAGGCCAGACUGGAUAAAGCCCUGAGCAACCUGGCCAAUCCCGUAGCUGACCCUGCUGUGAGCAGGAGGUUGGACUACGGACCUCCUGAGCUGGUUAGAAGAUCAAAGGUGACUGCCCAACAGGAGAACUGGAAGGGGAACUUCAGGGACCUCCGUCUUCUCCAGGGUAGGAUUUGCCAACCCUCUGUCACAGUCUGCGUCAGAGUGGUGUAGGCCCCAGAGGGAGCCAGGAGCAGCUGUAGCUUGUGGUGAACCUGCUGUGCUUGUACCAUCUUAUGGUGGUGUCAGUGUCACGCACUGUGCCCAGGUAAGGUGAUGGACAGCAGAGCAGAGAUGGAGGUUGUGAGAAGCACGAAGGGGAAUGCUGCUGGGGAGGUCAGCGUCCAUGUGGUCACCACCGAGAGCACUGUGCAGAGCACCCACCUGCCAACAACUGCCUUCAUCAUACCAGCAAAUGCCACUACCAUCAACCUCCCCACGAGCACCUUAGAAAUUCAGCGAUUCCCCCGGGAACCACAGAGAAGCACAGGGGCUGAGAGGCCAGAGAGGGGAGCAGGGAGUGAGCCCAUCACAGCUACUGUCAUUCCCCAGAUCAGCGGGGUGCAGACCUGCAGCACAGUCCGUGUGCUGGAAUGGAAAGAUGGGGUGGCUACUUUGCCUGGGAGUAACCUGCGGUUUCGAAUAAAUGAGUAUGGGACGCUGAAGGUGGUGAGCGCCGAUAAGAUGCCUCCAGUGGAAGCUAUAAAGGAGUGUCGUACAGACAAAGAUGGGGACUCAGAGGUGGCACCCACCAGCAGGGACAAUCCUACUGUGGCUCAAGAUGUGCCGGAGCAGACCAAGCUGCCAACAGGAGAAAGCAUGUGCCACUGUGAUACCUGUGGCCGGAGACACGUGUCAGACGGAGCCCGGGAAGGCAGGGGCUUCUGCAGCGAGCACUGUCACCAGCAGUUCAAAGAAAGGUCUGUCAUUGUGGAAAAUUCUUCCAGCAGCACCAAUGCCACUGAAAUCCUUAAGCCGGUGAAGAAACGAAAGAGGAAGGACUACCAGAGCCCUUCAGAGGAAGAAUAUGAAUCUGAACAAAUGGAGGAAAAACAGGAAGAGAAAAAAAACUCUGCAGGAGACUCUGCCAUGAGCAAUCCGGAGGCUGAUGCAUGGAACGGGAGCCAACACGGUGCCAGUGAGGAGAAGAAAGAAGGCUGGUCUUGGGCGUCCUACCUGGAGGAGCAGAAAGCUGUCGCUGCCCCUUUAGAUCUCUUCCAGGAUUACCAAGUAGCUUCCCAGCACAAGAAUGGCUUUAAAGUGGGGAUGAAGCUGGAGGGGAUCGAUCCACAGCACCCGUCUAUGUAUUUUAUCCUGACAGUGGCUGAGGUGUGCGGUUACCGGAUGCGCCUACACUUUGAUGGCUACUCUGAGUGCCAUGAUUUCUGGCUGAAUGCUGACUCCCCUGACAUCCACCCUGCUGGCUGGUUUGAGGAGACAGGGCACAAACUCCAGCCCCCAAAAGGGGUUGUAGGUUAUAAGGAAGAAGAAUUCAGCUGGUCAAACUACCUGAAGAUAACAAAGGCUCAAGCAGCUCCUAAGCACCUCUUCGUGGUCCGAAACACUCACGAGGCUUCCCCAGGCUUCGAGGUGGGCAUGAAGCUUGAAGCUGUGGACCGCAUGAACCCUUCCCUGAUCUGUGUUGCCACAGUGACUGACGUGGUGGACAAUCGCUUUUUGGUGCACUUUGACAACUGGGAUGAUACUUAUGACUACUGGUGUGACCCCAGCAGUCCAUACAUCCACCCAGUUGGAUGGUGUCAGGAGCACGGCAAACCCCUCACACCUCCUCAAGAUUAUCCUGACCCCGACAACUUCACAUGGGAAAAGUACUUAAAGGAAACAGGAGCAUCUGCUGUCCCAGCUUGGGCCUUUAAAGUGCGCCCACCACACAGCUUCCUGGUCAACAUGAAGCUGGAGGCAGUGGACAGGAGGACUCCUUCCUUCAUCCGAGUGGCUAGUGUGGAGGACGUGGAAGACCACAGAAUAAAGAUCCAUUUUGAUGGCUGGAGCCACGUCUAUGAUUUUUGGAUUGAUGCCGAUCAUCCAGAUAUCCAUCCCAUAGGCUGGUGCUCAAAAACUGGACACCCACUGCAGCCUCCUCUCAGGCCAAAGGAACCAGCCUCUUCUGCCCAUGGGGGCUGCCCAACCCUGGGCUGCAAGAGCAUCCCUCACACCAAGAGCUCCAAGUACAGCUUUCACCACAGGAAGUGCCCCACACCAGGCUGUGAUGGGUCAGGACACGUGACUGGGAGAUUCACAGCCCAUUACUGCCUCUCAGGGUGCCCACUGGCAGAGAAGAACCAGGGCAGGCUUAAGGCGGACUUGUCUGACACUGAGGCCUCAACUCGCAAGAGGAACCUGAUUGGCUUCUCUCAGCGAAAGAAAUCUCGGCACCACGGGAGAGGGCGACCUCCAAAGUACCGGAAGAUCCAGCAGGAAGACUUCCAGACUAUUCCUUCAGACAAUAUGCACCAGUCGCUCUUCAUGUCUGCCCUGUCUGCCCACCCUGACCGCUCCCUGUCGCUCUGCUGGGAGCAGCACUGCAAACUCCUGCCAGGGGUGGCAGGCAUCACAGCAACUACAGUGGCCAAGUGGACCAUUGAUGAGGUCUUUAGCUUUGUUCAGACUCUAACGGGUUGCGAGGACCAAGCCAAGCUCUUCAAGGAUGAGAUGAUCGAUGGUGAGGCAUUCCUCUUGCUGACGCAGGCUGACAUCGUCAAGAUUAUGAGUGUCAAGCUGGGCCCAGCACUCAAGAUCUACAAUGCCAUCCUCAUGUUCAAGAAUGCUGAUGACACCUUAAAGUGACUUUUCUUGGCCCAAUUGGGACCCUCCCUCAGCACCGGUGCUGCCAAACUGUCUGGUCAGGACAGAUUCUCCCCGACUGACUGCAGCUUGUCACGUCCUGCUCAUGUCCUCUCGGAUGCUGCAUCUCCACUCCUACCAGUUCAUCUCCCAUCCUCUCCCCUCCACUCCACACUGCUCUCCUCCAGCGCUGGGUACAGGCUGACCCCAAGCUUCAGGGGUGGCUGCAGGGCCAGAGGAUGGAAUGGGACUAGCCCGUCUUAGAGUGACAGCUGCCCCCCAUGUCCUGCUGUGACUGCACCGAUUCAGGGGUGUGUGUUGAGGGACAGGGGAGCAGUGCGGCGGGUGUAGAAGCUAGGGGCUGAAACCACUACUCAGGUCACUCAGAUGGGAAGGGACUGCCUGCCUGUGUACGUACUUGCACCCAUUUAAAGGCUGGUCUUGGCUUUGCUCAGCAGCUAAGAGAGAUUUCCCCCCUCCCCCCCCCCAAUGUGUUCCUCUGGAGGGGGUGCUUGUGCUAACGUCAUUUCCAAGGGAGGCUCUCAAGGAGCUUCUGCUCACUUUGCCUUUUUCUUUAAAAAAGAAUUCACUUUCCUUUUUAAGGCCAGAUGAUGACUUUGCUUUGCCCCUUCACCACACUGGGAACCAUUGGCCCACCUCUUGCCCGUUCCAGGGAGCAGCGUGUCCUGGCUGCUGCUCUGCCUACAACCAGUGUUUGUGCUUUAUUCCUCUUUGCUAUAACGCAGCAGCCCCAGGGCCCUGCAGGGCCAGGGCCAGGGUGGGUGCAGAACAGACUCCAUUUCCUCUUGCACUUCAGGCUGUCUUGGCCAGCACAUCUCUGGGAGGAAGGAUCUUUUGGUUAACUUGUUCUUCUUGCAACAAUUAAAAAAUCAUCUGCAAAGGAAGGUCAGGCCCGCUUUGGCCCACAUAUUGGGAGCAAGGCCCUUUCUAGAGCAGAGACAGUUGCCAAGGACAAGAGACAGCCAUUCCUCCGUAGGCUGAUCCACAGCUUGCUUCUGAAGGUGUUCCCGAGUUGGCUGACUCAAUCCUGCCAAGGCAGCUUCUCUCCCUUUUUGCCCUUGCUCGAGCCCCCAGGUUUUGCUGGCUUAAGAGCAGGACCUUCUGCUGUCCCCGGAUUCCUUACCUGCAGAGCUAAAAGCAAUUCAGCAGUUAACUGGUUGGGGUUUUUUUUCUGUCCUUUUAGUAACAUAGCUCCUUUUCAGCAAGGGUGCAGGCACUUUGGGAAUGCCCACGUAACACUGUUACUUGUAAUGGAGGAGAGGCCGAGUAGGCUAGGACAGCAGAGCCAGGUCCUGUGGAGUCCCAGGCAGCUUCUGAUAGUCCCUGUGUCCCCUGGCAGCACCCAUGCUGCUCUCGUUGUGGUCUGUCACCCUGUGCACGCCUGCUGUGGGUGCUACUGGAGCGGUGGUGUGGCAGUGCAGUGCUGGAGGGCAGCCACCUGCCCCAAGGGCUCUCUGUAGCCUGCAGUGAUGUGAUCUGAGUCCCACAUCUGCUUUCUUUCCCGUUCCCAAGGAUGACAUAUCAGUAGCAAAACAGUUUUUCCCCCUUUCCCAGUGCCCAAAGACAGGGACGAAGGGAUCUUAGCUAGUGCACCAGCAAUGUGUCUCAGAGCAGUGCUGCUUUGGGAGCCAUUGUCACACCUCGGUCAAUCUGUUCUAGGCUUCCCAUGGAAAUGUAGCAUUUGACUUUCUUAUUGAAUAUUUGGGGUUGCAUUCGACCUGCUCUUGAAAUGUCUGCUGCUUGCCCUUCAUGCAGGACUUGCAACUAGUCCAUGUAUUUGUUUUGUCAAUGCUUGGGUUUAUUUUAGGCAGCUCUCCCUCUCCUUUCCCAUUUUAUUUUCUUCCAUCUCUUCAAGUACUGCAGCGUGGCUGGCUGUGGAGAGAGGGAGUAGGAAGGAACAGCCAUGUCCCUGGGUCCUAUAGUCACUCCCCAAGUCAUCCAUCAUCUGCAGUAAAUGGUCCUGCAGUUGGUCUCUUCAGUUGGUGGGGAGUCUCUGGGCCACUGUGUGCUGGGGGAGAAGCGGAGCCCUGGGACGUUCAGCGGUGAGAGUCUGUGCAAACAGUGCCAAGAGCUCUCAAGGUGUGAUCUAGAACAGAAUGGCUCCCUUGCACAGGACUUGGUUAUUGAGCAUAUGGGGAGACAUCUUAUGAAAAAAGCCUAUUCUCAUCUGCUCCAUUCCCUCAUGCUAAGUCAUUCCUCCCGUUGGGGAAGGGACUAAGCGCCGUCCCUGGGUGCUGGGAGAGGAGUUGCUACCCAGGUAUCAGAUGUGAAGGAUGGAGAGCCUUGUUUCUCACAGGGCUGCCUUGGACAGCUGAGGUGGUGGUGAGCUCAGUAGAUCCCUGCUGAACGGGGAGAGGAGCCAUGAGCCAAGCCAUGGCUGGCCCACAAGACUGGGUGCAACGCCAUCAGCUCGUUGGGUGCCAUCAAGCCAUGCUCUCCAGGCUCUGCCAGCCAUGGGCAUCAGCAGGAAGCGGUACCCAAGGGGUGUACUGCCUUACCUGGGUUCUUUUGACCUCCCUCUAAGAGAGCAGACGCAAAUGGGACAGGACUGCUGAGGUGCUCUCCCUUGGCUGUGGGGUCUGGCUGCAGAGCUGGAGCCCAGGUCUCUGCUGGGACUGAGCUCUGCGCAGGGAGUGGCUGCCAGGAAAACCAGCCCCACUGGGAGGGUGAUGUGAGAUGGGAAGGUCUCUGUCGUGCACACUUACCUGCUGUCUUGAGCAUCAGUUCAUCAGCCUGUUGGGCUGACUCGGCCAUUUGAGUACAAAGCUGCUGGAUUCAUCUGGGUGAGAGCAUUACAGGGUUUGUAAGGUGGUCAAGGGCUAUUUACUGUUAAAACUUAGAACCUUCUUGUUUCCUUAAAUACCAAACCAAACCCAAAGCAUUGUGUGUGUACGUGUGGAUGGGUGUUUGCAGAAGUACCACGACGCCAUUUCCCCUACUGUUGGUGUGUCGCUGUUUUAAUGUGGUGCUCUGUGGAGGCGGCAGGACCUGGUCCCGGGGUCUUGGGUGGUGUGUCCUCUGUUAAGCAGAAGUUGCCUCUGGUCCCAGGAGGGAAGUCAGGAGAAGGAAGAUUUGCUGCACCCCUGGCCUUGGCAGGUCCUCCAUCUGUACUGAGCCCUGGUUGGGAGUUUCCCCUCAGGGAGCAUCAAGGGCAGCUGUGACCAAGGCAGAAGCACCGAAGCUUUUCAUCCUUUCCCUGUUGCCUGACCAGACUCCUCACAGGGCCGGACACUGCGGCGUCACUAAGAAGCUGGAGAGGACAAUGGGGCUGAGUCUGGCCCACAGGUUCUUCACUGGGGUCUUUCUGAGAGAUGUGACUGCAGCCAAAAUUUCUGUCAAUGAAGAAUUUCUCAAGUCAAAUUUUUUUUGAGUGGAGGCCCCCAGGCCUGUGCUUCUGUCAUCUGACCCAGUUGCUGCAGAUGGUGUUGGCAGGACUUAGCUGGAGCCAUGGGAGAUGUCCUACCACACACUCCAGCUUUGGGCAUAGCGUGUCUUCUGGGGCGGCUGGUCUGCACGUGACUCCGGGUGCACGGGAGCAGCUGGAGCCUCUCUGGAAGGUGUUUCUUCCUCCUCGUGGAAUUGGGCAGCACUGUGACAGCACAAGGCUGAGGCCUCCGUUGCUGUCAGAGCAGCCAGCCUGAAGCUCAGCACGGAGGGCAGCUGUGCCCACCUCGCCAGAGCCCAGCUGCCUGCCUCUGCCUUCCUCCAGUGGUAUCCGUGGCGAUCACAAGCACUUUUCUAAAAGAAAGAAACCUUCCAAGUUGCUUAGGAGGGUUGGGGGCCUAGGGCAGCUGCUGUUUGCAGAGGCAAAUCUGGGGACAUGAGUGCAAUGAGGGGCGUUGGAGGAGGGAGCCAUGAGAGGGUUGUGGCUUGGCCGCUGCUGCUCCUCUGCUCCUCACUCCGUAACCUCUGGGAGGGAACCCCUCGGUGCAGAGGAGAGGGAAAGACUGGUGGGCUGCAGCCUGGCGCCCUUCCUCCAAUCCCCCCCUCCCCUCUGGGGCCCGAGGCUUGCUUGUCCUGGGAGGGAGGAAAAAGGAGGUGUAUUUUGGAAGGAGUGUGAUUAUGAUAACAAAAGCUUUUUUGCACUUUCAUUCAUUUUGCACUCGUUUUUAAUUUCUUUUUUCUGCGUUUUUGAUAUUUGCACCACCUCUUUGUGUGUUCAUAACAGAAAUACUUUUGUUGUAGCCAGUGAAGCUAUUCUGGAACUUUGUUGUCCUGAGAGGUUUAAAGGUCAUAUAUAUAUAAAUUUAUACCUGUAUAAAAGUAAAUUUAUAUAUAUAGAUCAUGGUGUGAUGUGUUUUGUCAAUGUUUUAAAAUAAUAAACGAAUGUGAGCA